AUGAGGGAUAUGGACUUACAGUGUGCCUGUCUGAAGAAGAGGGUGCCACGUGUGCCGUCGAGGCGAGAGAAGGAGUGGUGCGUGGAUGGGAGUGUCACUCUUCCCAGUAACCAGGAACACAGUGAGCCUAUUCGUUGCGAAGGGAUCGCAACGAAGGUGCUGGGAGACGCAAGUGUGACUCAAAAACUGGCCGAGAGCCACUCUCUUCUGAGCAGACUGAAAAAUGCCCGAGUGCGCCCCCAUUCUUGUCCAGCACGUACCAACCAGCCCCUUGAGUGUCAUGAAAUGCAUGCUGGCGGCCAAAGUGCGGUGCGAGACCUCUGCAAACUAAGCAGCAUCAGUACAGCGAUGACACCGCAACUACUAUCAUGGUGCCUUUCGCUGGCGAUGUGGCGAGAGAAAGAAAUUUGGCAGGUGAGGCCAUGA